UUUGUAGGUGGUUGAUAGGUUUGUCGGUCACGUGACUUACAACUGAACGACGUGACGUUAAUCAAACGCACCCAACUCUGUUCAUUGAAAGAAAUGGCGACCACGGAAGUGGAGUGUAGACGAGGUCGGCUGGCUGCUCUGUCCAUAGCAGCAGUAGUCAUACUGGUGGGAGUCCCUCUGUGGUGGCGAACAACUCAGACAUACCGGGCCUGGCUGCCUGUCAGUCAGAUAACAGAGCUGGCUAAGCUGCAGUUACAGUUAAGUGUUGAUGUGGAAGUUGUGUUUGCGCGUGGAACGGUGACACCGGAACAGCAGAAGAAGAUCCCACUGACACGGACCCGGGAUGAGGAACACACAGUAGAUGAGAGCACGGCUUUGAGGUACAGGUUUGAGACGAAGUAUCGCACAGCUACAAUUAUGGAGGAGGAUGCGCUGAACCAGUUGACAGCUGCAGAGGCAGAUGUGUCCCUGCACACACUGAGCGAGAGUCUUUGUGGGUCUUUGGUUGUAUAUGUGAUCCCAGAGUCAUCAUCACUGCUGCCUCAGGGUGGGGAGGUGUAUAUCGGUCAACAGCGGACAGCCUUGCUGCGUAUUGGUGCCCAGAUGAGAGUGGGGAGGACACUAGAGCAAUUGCUGGCUCAUCUGGAGCCGAGGCUCAAGCAGGUGAUGCAGGUGAUGUCCUUCAGUCACUCUGACAUCACAGCUGCCCUCAGUGACAGAGUCCGUCUCAGCCCUGGGAGCAAGCAGAGUAAGGCUGACAGUAUGAGAGCCUUCAAAUCCAGCCCAGGUUAUGAGAUUACUUUUAGUCUUUUAAACCCAGACCCAAAGUCUCACCGGUUACACUGGGACAUAGAAGGUGCUGUGAAGACCUACGUGCAACCUUUGCUAACAAAACUUGCUCCUGUGGCAAAUUUCAGCAUUGACUCUCAGAUCUUAUACUAUGCCGUGCUUGGUGUGAACCCGCGUUUUGACAGCAGCUAUAACGCCUACACACUGAAUGCUGAGAGCCUUGCACAUGUCAUCAAUCCUGUGGAGGCUAGACUUGGCUCAAAUGCUGCAUCUUCCAACCCGAUGUUGAACUUUCUGCUGUACGUCCCAGAUGUUCAGCGUUCACCCCUUUACAUCCACGACCACAAAAAACAAGCAGUGCCUUCUAAUGCUUUUCACUCUCCACGGUGGGGGGGAAUAAUGGUUUAUAAUGUAAAUGAUUACUAUGGACCAGACGCUGAAUUCCCUGUUGACAUUAAUAUCAACAUGGCCAAAGUCAUGGGAGUCUUCCUUGCACAACUUCGACUGUUGCUGGGUGUGCAGACAUCCUCACAUCCCCCUGGCUUUGUCAUGGCGCCAUGUGGAAACACAGGGAUAGCUGAUUGGGAGCUGGACCGUCUCAUGUGGAGUCGGAGUGUGGAAAACAUUGCAACAGCAACCACAACCAUCACCUCAUUGGCACAGUUAUUGGACCAGAUAGGCAAUAUUGUUAUCAAUGACAACAUUGCAGAACAGGUGUCCAGUGCUGUCACGUCUUUGCAGCUUGCUGUGGCUGAGUUGGAGGCUGGGAACCUGGGCUUUGCUCUGCAGUACAGUAAAGAGGCCAUCUUGGCAUCAGAGAGAGCAUUUUUCGACCCCUCGCUCCUCCACCUCCUUUACUUCCCUGAUGACCAGAAGUUUGCCAUCUACAUACCACUCUUCCUACCAAUGUGUGUGCCUAUUCUGCUGUCACUGCUUAAAAUAGUGUCUGAAGUCAGACAGAAACGCAGAGAAAAGCAAGCAAAAAAAGACUGAGAUGCACUGGAGGAAAAGAAGUAUAAAUUAGAAAUUUAAGCAAAAACAACUGUCAGUGGCCAUGACAGUUAAGUACAAAUGUGUUUGUGAGCAAGGUGCAUGAGAUUUAUGGUUGUGUAUGAUUUUUAUUGUUUUGGGUGAGAAUUGUUUCUCAUCAGAUUUGAAUGGUUUACACUGUAUUGUUCAAAACCUGAAUGUGAACACUGAUACUGAAAUUAUACUUUUAUUUAAGUUAUUAACAAAUAAACAUCAGUUUAUAUCUU